UAUACAAAAAAUUAAAUAAUUCGGUUCUGAUUAUGACAUAUAUAUAAUAGUGGUAACAUUGAAUAUAUCAUCACGGCCAUUUUAGUAAUAAAAGUGCAGUUGUUUUGUCUAUUGGAAGUGUAAAGUGUUUAAUAAUUAUCCAAAAUAUCUGAAGGCAUCUUAAAUAAUUUAAUUAUUUUGGACACUGCUAUAAGCAGUACUAAUAUUCGCCUAGAUGGCUGAAACAGAUAAAUUGAAUAUUGAUAAUAUUAUUGCUCGUCUUCUUGAAGUUCGUGGAGCAAGGCCGGGGAAAAAUGUUCAGUUGACCGAAAAUGAAAUUCGUGGUUUGUGCUUGAAGUCUCGAGAAAUAUUUUUAUCGCAACCAAUAUUACUGGAACUUGAAGCGCCUCUGAAAAUUUGUGGUGACAUUCAUGGUCAGUAUUAUGAUUUAUUACGACUUUUCGAAUACGGUGGUUUUCCACCAGAAUCAAAUUAUUUAUUUUUGGGAGAUUACGUAGAUCGUGGUAAACAAUCACUUGAAACAAUAUGUUUAUUAUUGGCAUAUAAAAUAAAAUAUCCGGAAAAUUUUUUCCUUUUACGUGGCAAUCAUGAAUGCGCCUCAAUUAAUCGCAUUUAUGGUUUUUAUGAUGAAUGCAAGCGAAGGUAUAACAUCAAAUUAUGGAAAACAUUCACAGAUUGCUUUAAUUGUUUGCCAGUCGCAGCAAUUGUCGAUGAGAAAAUAUUUUGUUGUCAUGGUGGACUUAGCCCAGAUUUACAAAGUAUGGAACAAAUUCGACGUAUUAUGAGACCUACAGAUGUUCCCGAUCAAGGCCUUUUAUGUGAUUUAUUAUGGUCAGAUCCAGAUAAAGAUACAAUGGGUUGGGGUGAGAACGAUCGUGGUGUUAGUUUUACAUUUGGUGCGGAAGUCGUUGCCAAAUUUUUAAAUAAACAUGAUUUUGAUUUAAUAUGUCGAGCGCAUCAAGUUGUUGAAGAUGGCUAUGAAUUUUUCGCAAAACGACAAUUAGUAACAUUGUUUUCAGCACCAAAUUAUUGUGGUGAAUUUGAUAAUGCCGGUGCAAUGAUGUCCGUGGACGAAACAUUGAUGUGCUCAUUCCAGAUUUUAAAACCGGCUGACAAACGUAAAUUUCAGUAUGGCAAUUUAAAUGCAGGCCGUCCAGUAACACCACCACGGGGAGCCACCAAUAAGAAUAAGAAGAAGUAAGCGUUUCCCUCCUCUCUCUCCCACUACUAUCAUAUUCGUACAGAUUUGGAUGGUUUUCAUUUUGUACAAAUAUAUAUACAUAUAUAUAUAUUAAAAAAACAUCAUUAUGGCAUUAACCAUUUCAUUAGCGGAAACAGUAUAUACAUUUAUUGAUAAAUUUCAUGUAGGGAAAAAUUUUGAAUCAAGUUGGCAACAUAAAAAACUUUUACAAAUUUACUAUUAAUCGUAUGUAUAUUAAUAAUAUAGAUUGGAAGCACAUGAUAUCAAAUCUGCUAUUAUAUGGAUUUAUGAAAGAUUUUGUGCGAUUUAGGCAAAUUAAAGAAGUGAUUGAUAGGUAAAAGUUUAUCGUAAGAUUAUAAAUUCAAGUCUCUUCCUUGUUGGUAUGACACUUCUGGUAGUAGAAGAGGAGUUAUUCUGAAAGAUGGCCUUAUACAUAAAAUAAAAUGGCCACCAAUCGACUGCGGUUUAUAUAUUCCGUUUAUAAUGUCUGCCGGUACAAUUUUAUUAAAACAAUCAUUGCUGGUAUCGACAGAAAGUCAUUUCUGUAAAAUAUGAAAC